AUGAGUUCAGUGAAGAAGACAGAAAUUGCUACAUUUGCGAAUGGAUGCUUUUGGGGAACAGAGCAUAUGUUUAGGAAGCAUUUUGGCGGUAAGGGCUUGAUCAAUGCCAAGGUUGGUUAUAUCGGUGGCAACAAAAGUAUUCCCAAGCCCACCUACAAACAGGUGUGCACGGGGACGACAGGGUAUGCUGAAGCCGCACAGAUUGAAUUUGAUCCGUCGAGCGUCUCCUAUGCUGAACUAGUCGAGUUCUUUUAUCGUACUCAUGAUCCCACUCAAGUGGGUGGCCAAGGUCCUGACAUGGGUGAUCAAUAUCGCAGCGCCCUGUUUCCACAUACACAGGAACAAACGGAUAUCGCCCAAAAAGUUACUUCUGAAGUUCAAGCGAAGCAUUUCAACCCGCAUGGCACCAGGAUCGUGACACAGAUUCAAAUGGCCAAGCCAGAGGACUUUGUGCUGGCUGAAGACUACCACCAGGAAUAUCUAGAUUUAAAUCCCAGUGGAUACCACUGUCCUACCCAUAGGCUUUGGUGGUAA